AUGGCGGACGCACCUGUGCAGCCUCCUGCUGCCCUCAAGUCGCUGGAGAGGGACUACAGGGUUAAGGCCACGGAGGUUGAAGCAGUUAUUGAGAAACUACUUCAACUCGUGAGCGCCAAAGAAGCAGAAUGUGAGAACCUCAAGUAUGAUCUGCAGGAUCAGACAGAAUCUCGAAGACACUGGCACAAGCGAGCCACUGAAGCCGAAUCCCGAUUGUCAAGUGUUCAACAUGUCAUGAUCCUUUUCGAUGGAAAUCACCACUUUUUCAACCCAAACCUUGUAAGAGCAGGAAUACAAGGGGCAAAAUCAGCCAUAGACUCCCUCGUUGCUGAAGCCAGUGCUUUUGCUCGUGAGCAGCACAAGAACGACCUACCCGACCACCUUGCGGUUGUAGUGCACAUUUUCAUUGACGUUGGCAAGCUGGCCGACGAUCUCUCAAUCGCGGGCUUACUUCCCAACCCUGAUCAGCUCUGGACCUUCAUUCAAAAUGUCAGUAGAUUGGAGCCAGGUGUCACAAUCUCUGACUGUGGUUCUGGUCACCAUGCUGUCGAGGCAAAGAUGAAGUACUUUUACGAGCUCUAUCUUGAAAACUGCCAUUGCAGACAUCUUUUCCUGGCUUUGAAUCGCCAGUCGGAAUACUUCAAGAUUCUUGAGACCUACGUCGACGAUGAGUACACAAAGUCAAAGACGUCUCUUGUCCGGCUGAGGGGAGGGAUGGCCAAUGGCUACAACCUCCCGUUCCAUACAGUUGACUUCUCUGUCAUUGAAGCCGUGCCUCAACAGGGCCUUUCAUUCACUACCACCAAUCCGCAGACCAACGGGACAGCGAGCGGCCUGUCCACAGCUCAACAACACGGGGACAUCAGUACGCAGCCAUUGCCAAACUACUCCAGCAACUCGAAGCCCUUCUUACAAUCCGCUCCACCCUCCCGUCCCGUCCUCCCUCCUGCCAGCCCUGAAAACCCAAGUAGUCGGACCGUAGCCAACAUGCAGAAGCUAUCCGCUACCGCCUCACAGACGUCGACAAAGCCACAUGUUGAGGUAAACGGCGAGGUUCAUAAGUUGGAUGACUCGAGCUCGGUCGGAGUUGUCAAGCUCGACAACUCUUCACACUCUUCUCGUCAAUCGAAGGCCGCAGAACAGAGCUGGGAGAACGCGCCAACUAACAGUUACGCACCACCUGCCAUCGCAGUUCCAUGGGGAGAGGAGAAGACACAACCUGGGCAGGUUAUGGAUGAGGAGCCUGUUUUGUGGAGGAGACAGAACAACAUUCAAAAUCGGAAGCAGAAGUUAGGUUACCGGAAACAGGAACGUCCUUCCAACGCUCAAACGCCGAGACAGACUCCUCGGCAUUUUGAAGGAUCGUGGGACGACAUGGUCCAAAGUCAGCAGCCCAAAGCAUCGACCCAAGUGUCAUCUCCGUCACCGGCGCCAGCAAGCGUGUCAGUUUCAUCGGCCGCAGCCAAAUCGAACGACUUCUCGCCGGCAUUCACACGUCAAGCUUUGACAAAACCCGACCCGACCCCUCUGGCACGCCCUGUUUGGUCCCCUGUCGCUUUGAACCAGUUGGGGCAGCGCAUCGACUUGAAACUUCCGCGCGAGACACCGUCUGAGCGUGAAGCUUUCGAAGUGCGUGUAGCCAAUCGACAAUUGUGCAAUGAGCAUCACAUGCGAAACAAUUGUACCGAUACAAAAUGUCCGUUCGACCACGAGGAGAUCUCGGACGGCAUUUAUCUUGCGUUGCGAAACAUAGCUCGCACUAAGCCGUGCAGUCAAGGCCCCGAAUGUCGACGUCACGAUUGCUAUUCGGGGCAUCAUUGUCCGAACAUCUCAAAGUUCUCCACCUGCGCCAGAAUUGCGUGUGUCUUCGACAAAAGCGGGUUGCAUUCCAUUGUCGACCUCGAAAUUGUCGAGAUGAUUCAACCACCGGAGAAGAGCCAAGAAGAGCAAUCGCUGCUGUGA